CUUAGUGCCGAUCUGACUGGGAGGAGGUGGGACCUACCCACUGGUGGUAGUGGGCGAGUAACCGCGUACGUGCAAAUCGUGCAGACUGCCAAGGACGAAACGUGAGUUUCUCUUCGUUAUCAGCGAACCCCUGCUUCAGUAAAAUUCAUCCACUAGGGACCAUCUACCUUCUCGAGUUCGGUCCAGUGUAUUUUAAGCGAUCGGAGCCCCCAGCAGCAGCAGCAGCAGCAGCAGCAGAGAGAACAUCACACAGACCUACAGACAGACAGACUGACGGACGGGCGGAGCGGAGCUGUGUGUGAUGAGGAGGUCGCCUCGCCGCAAGGCUUUGCGUAACAUCCAGAUAAUAAGAACGGGACAUUUUUUGUCGUGGGGACUGCUUUCAGUUUGGGUCUGCUUUCAGUGACAGUCUGGUUUUGUGAAGAAACACACAGCAGCGAUAUAAAGCUACUAAAGAAGCUGAAGGGGAAAUCACCGAGGCCUGUGCUGCAAGUCUGUGCAGACUUUUCUGUUCUUCAGCAUGAAGGCACCACUUGGAAUAUCCAUGAGCUCCGAUUUCCCACACUACGGUUUCAAGAUGCCAAAUAUAGGGUUCCAGAACCUUCCUCUUAAUAUCUACAUUGUGGUCUUUGGGACAGCCAUCUUUGUCUUCAUCCUCAGCCUCCUCUUCUGCUGCUACCUGAUCAGGUUACGGCACCAAGCACACAAAGAGCUAUAUGCAUACAAACAAGUCAUUCAGAAGGAAAAAGUCAAAGAGCUAAACUUGCAUGAGAUAUGUGCGGUGUGCUUGGAGGAGUUCAAGCAGAAAGAUGAGCUGGGGAUCUGUCCAUGCAAACACGCCUUUCAUCGGAAGUGCCUCAUUAAGUGGCUGGAGGUGAGGAAAGUGUGCCCGCUGUGCAACAUGCCCGUCCUGCAGCUCGCCCAGCAGGCCGGCACCAUAGAGCCCCCCUUGCCCGUCCAGCAGCCCCUGCCCGGCGCCGAGAACCUGGUGUAGCGGACACUGAGUCCCUCUCGGAAAGCAGCCGGCGGACACACAACAAAACACAUCCCAACGCUCACACUCGCACCUUAAACAGGUACCCUUCGGUGAGAGUGUGUGAACUGACACAAACUGGAAUAACUGAGCAGAAGUUCACAAAAACUGAGAGUCUGCGGUCGUCAUCACCUCUUUUUAUUUUUGCAUCGGUUACAAAAAGAAAAAAAAAAAGGAUUUCCUUUAUGUCAGCACAGAGUGGCUGAUAAUCAACUGUUCUUUUUAUUUUAUUUUAUUAUUUUUUUUUUUUUACUUCAUGGACGAUGAAGUUGAUCUAGAAGAAGUUUCUUUUUGUUACUUUUUCACAACCAAAGCGCUUUUCUGGAGGGCACCAGCAAAAGACAAGGAAGAAGAAAACGCAAAAGCCAAGAACUUCACUACACUAAGAUACAUAUAUAUAUAUAUUUUUUGUUUGUUUCAUUUAAAAAGCACUUUAUGAGAAAGCAAAAUCUUGAUUGCUUAGGCCUAAGGUCAUGUGUUAUAUUUUAUUUCUUCCUCUUUUCCGUGUACAAAGCAGACGGACAGGUUUUAAAACAUUACAGUUCUACAGAAAUCUCAAAGGGACAACUCUGGAACAGUUGUGUUUGCUUAAAUGUGAAACGUUUGACUGUGUCACCAUCGCCCAGGCAUUACUCUGACUAAUCCAGUUGUCUGCAAAAUUUAGACUUCAAGUCAAAAAUAUCCGUUCUAAACCAAGGUCUUUGAGCUGUUUAAUAGAUGUAACAAUUCUAGUUUUCUAGUUUUUCAUUGACCUUUUUUUUCCUGUAUUAAUGUCAUCAGAUUAAGGUUCGUGUACUUCACGGAUGAAAGCAGGAGACUUUUAAGGAAAGCUGUGAAAGUCGCUUCACGGAUCCUGCAACAGAGUUGAUUUUUCUGGAACACAACAGAAUGAAAAAGAAAUCUUCCCUCAAAAUGUGCUGUAGUGUCAGCUAGUUCAUCUCUCUUGCCACAAAAGUGUAAAUCCAUUUGUCACUUAUUUUCUCUUUUUUUUUUCUUUUUUUUUUUUCUUUUUCUCGGUACCGCUGCGUUUAGGAGCACGAGUCAGUGAACUGGCACCAGCGCCACGAGUCCUGGCCUCAGCGUGUAAUCAGCAUAUCCUUUUAGUGGGCGCACAUACAUGCACAUAAGGGAGCAGCUGGGGCUGACCCUCCUUUCUCUCAGCUACACUGCCAUAGUCAGUGGUCAGCAGGUUGGAGUGAACCAGGGUUUUCAUUCAUGCAAACACACAUUGCAGUUUAUCCCCUUUUUUCCUGCUUUUUCUCUGCAGUCUUCUGGUGCUUUCGCCUCCCCCCUCCUUUCUGUUUCGGUACAACGUGCUUUUGUUUCGUGCCACACGUACUUCAUCUCUGAGCCGCGCUUUUGUGGAUACUUUUUUGUCCUCUGGUUAGCUGAAUUUGGUGUAUUAGCUGAAAGGCCUUGCUGUGAACUCCACACACCCCUCCUGGUAACAUUAGUGGGCUAAAAUAGCUCACUGAGGUUUGGUAAUGAAGUGUUUUGUGGCUUCGGUUUGGUGAUCAGCGGGAUUUAGAGAGCAUAAUGAUAGUGUUUUUAACUGAUAGUCCUUACAGCAUGUUAUAAUCAGUCACAAGAUGAUGAUAAUGUGAAAUCAGAAGUUUGGCACCCGUCAGAGCUGAUAAUACUCACAUUGGACACCUCCUGUCCCGUCAGUAAAACAAAUGAUACAUUCUUUAUCUUGUGGUCAUCUAUUAUUAGGCCAUGGCCACAGUUAUCCACUUCUCAGAAAUUACCGCUCAGUAACAUUUCAUUCCCACACACUUGCAAUUUAUGGUUAUGACUGAAUUAUCUCUUUUUGCAGGCCUAAGUAACUUGUGGCCACACAGUGAUACUUUUCCCACAAACGCUACUGGGAACGCUGCUUAUUCCACAGCGACGGAUCGAAGAUAAGUUUGAGACAGGCUGUCAAACAAUCUGCGGUCUGAUCUGUUUUAAUGGAAAUGAGAGCUAUUUGUCUACAAAAGGAGCGUAAAUAACAUUAGGCUAUAUCGGCAUGCUGUUGCAGUAGUCUUCAUGUCCCGUUAUCUUUUCAACAAAUAAAUCUGAAAAGUGAGCCGUUUGCAUUUGUAUUCAGCCCCACCAGUCAUUCAUAGUCACUUUUCUCUGCAGCUGUAAGUCUUUGUGGAUCUAUUUAAACCUCAUUUUUGCCGACGAUGAAUCUGCUUUGAUCCAAACCACGGGUGUCAAAACUCAAGACUUGCUGGUCAAAUCCGGGAAUCUGUACUCUUGAUCGUCGCAUAAACUGGACUUUAACAUAACAGUUGUGUGCUUAAACAUCGUUUCAUCAGUUAAGUCGAAUCAGUUUUCAUUUGAAUAGGACCAAAUUUAAUCCAUGUAAAAAAAAUUGUUACAUUAUAACACUGAUUGUGUCUCUAACACCAUCUUGGUCCUAUUUUCCUUUCGGUUUUCUCUUUGCACACUCGCUACAAAGCAAUGAUCUCAACAAAGCGUCUCUGGCUUUCAGUUAGAAAAGUGUCGCUACUCUGACGAAUGUCUCAUCUCCGCCGAAUGUCAGCCAACACACAAGAGGACUGGACCUUUCCUAGAUGAAAGCGUCGGCCGAUACUCUGGCAUUAACUCAACACGGGACAUUUUAGCCUUAGUUGAACAAAAACUGUUGCAAUAACAAAGAAAGAUGUGUUUCAUUACAUCUGUGGUGAACAAAACGACUGCCAUGCCAUUCUUGUUACAGGAUUAAUUUCCACACGAGUCCUUCAUCUAAACCCCACAGCAGCUAACACUUGCUGCCAUUUGUCCACCUUUGUCGUUGGUUAUUAGACUUUGUUGUUUUUUUUUCCCCCACACAUGCCUCCCUGUUUUCCUCCCGCCCGCCGUCCUGAUAGUGCCAACCAGACAUGAAAUGUUAGGAAUUAAAGAGAGUCUGUGUGACGACAGAGGGGGAAAAAAAAUGGGGCUGAAGAGCACAGUAAGAAAUGUCUUCCCACCGCUGAAAUCAUCCCUGACGUCAGCGUUGCCUUGGACUGAGCUGUUAUAAAUAGACAUCCAGUCAGGAGCACCGUUAGACAUAAAUAAUUUACUGAUAACCACAGAAGAAAAGGGAGUUAUUGAUCACAACACCGUUUUAUGACGGGUAGUGUUCAUUUUGACAG